UAAACUGAGAUUUGUUUAACACAGUAGAGAAUAGCUGCAAGCAGAUCAUAUUAAUGAUAUUUAUGUAGACUCAUUUGCCAAGAACUCGUUAUCCUCUUGAGCACUAUUAACUCGAGGCUAUGAGCAGAUAACAACAUAGUAAAACAAAGAGCGUGUGAUAAAGUAGCCCUGCUAGGAUAUAGCCUAAUUCUAUUGCAUUCACUGAGAAAUGAAGGGGAAAAGAGGGCAGGUGGCAUUGAGCUUAUUGGAACGAGAGCCUUUGACUUGCUCGGGGAAUCAGAUUGGAACGUGGCCCGCGUGCUGUUGCUAGGAGGCGCUGUUGGAGCCCGGAAGAGUUGAGCAUGGUGAUGAAGACGAUCGAACCGAGAUUGAGGAGAGAGACGUGAGUCUCACCGAUAAAGCCUCCAGUUUGUGUUUCCCUGCGACAUCUGUCCGUGUCUGACAGUCCCUGCUGGAAGACAGGAGGGCGAUAUUAGUGUUUCUCCACUGAGUAGCUCGGCCACGAGGCUACAUGGUGUGUGUGUCCUACUCAGAGUGUGGAUGUGCGGGUGUCCAGAGAUGGAAAGCUAUGAGGAGUUCUGUCUGCGGAGUCUGGCAUUAUUGCAGGAGGAGGGGAAAUUCAAGAAGACUACAUGCGAGCCAUCAUGUUCCCUGAAGGCUCGCUCUGUCAUCCACUUCUAUGGAAGAGCUGCGCUUUCACCUCUGCUGAAUGCAGAGCAGUGGAACGAGAUGUGUGGCUACAGACAGAAGGCGGUCCAACUGGAAGUGGACAGACAGAACCAGCAGAGGAACAAGCUUUUGGCCAGGAUUCAGGGCAUACUGGAUCAGGCUCAGGUGCUUAAAGUACCAGAUGAAGAGGUUGACAAGUUGCCAGUUUCUAAAUCUGCAACAGUCAACGGCUACACUCUGGUCACUGACUCACCUGGGCUCCCCAAAGAUGCUGCAUUUGGGGUUCAGACAAAUAGUCAUCGUGCUGCUCCAUGCUCUGAGAUUCCUGUGCUUAAUGAUUAUAAGGCAGUGGAGGAAGUGAAGGUGGAUGCCCAAGAGAAGAGUGAGGAGGAUGAGGAAGAGGAUGAGGAAGAGGACAUUAGUUUGGACAGCCUUCUUAAGAGAUCAAGGGAGUAUGUGAAGAAAGAGCAGAGUCAGCAGGGAUCAAAAGCUGUCCGCGCAAUGACCCAGUCUCCCCCACCUGAGACUGACUCUGUCAGUGAAGAGAAGAGCUGCAGCCCUGUGACGGACACAGGCAUUCAGUUUGGAUUCAGUCUGCACCACAGCCCUGUCGGCCCGCCUCAAAUCCAGCAUCAAGUGCUGCGUGACUCUAGUCCUCAAAAGUCCAUCUGCCUCUCACCUAGUCUACCAGAACCAUUUUCUUGUCUCCCCAAUCCAGAGACCAGCAUAAGUCCUCGUCCACAGAGACGCAAACCACGCCCAGUUUCCACAGGCAACAUCCAUUUUUCAUUUCCCAUUGGCCCAGCAGACCUUAUCGCUCGAAGCCCAGGACGGUCAGAGGAAGCCAUUGGUGUGGCAGACUGGGGAGAUGCUUCAAUGUCUCCAUCUCACUGGAGCUCAGUGGGAAUAGAGGGCGUCAGCCAGAGUGGCAUUCGUCGAUCCAGCCACUGUGGAACCAGUCCAGUGAAGGAGAACUGUAACCCUGUCAGUGCCUCGGUGCCCAGCUCAAUGGGUGAUCACCUGGCUGCAGGUUUUCGCCGGCGCUGCCACACUAUGGACAGCCAGCUGCAUACCUACCAUUCUGGAGUGCAGCGCAUAGACCGCAGCCAGGAACGCCUCCCUCGCUUCAUGGCAGGAGUUACACUGUUUGCUCCCAGUCGGCGAACACCUGCAGCCCCUUUAAACCAGUCGUAUGAUGUAGAGAAUCCUUCACUGCCUCUGCUGAGGCCCUGUGUGACUCUUGCAGACGAAUCUCCGGGGCCAAACAAUGGCAGGAAAACACCGACUGUCCUCAGACAUGCAGCUGAAGCACAGGCCCGCAAGACAGAUGAGAACCAGUGGCGAGCGCAGGCUCUGGAGGACAUGCAAAGACGUCUUGAGAAGGAGCAUGCUUUGCAGAUGUCUCUGCUCCUCGCUGAGCAGGAGAAAG